GCCACCAUGACGCGCAAUGCGGACGCGCGCAUCUCACCACGGGAGCGCGCCGGAGCUGGCAGACGUUCUGCACGAGCUCAUGAGUUUAAUUUCAUAUUUCUGCUCCAGAAUGAACAAUUCCAGCGAAAAUGAACAUAACAGCACGGAUGAAGAAGUCAGGACUCUGUUUGUCAGCGGUUUGCCGCUGGACAUCAAGCCCAGAGAGCUUUACCUGUUAUUCAGGCCUUUUCAGGGUUAUGAAGGAUCCUUAAUCAGAUUCACCUCUAAACAGCCGGUGGGGUUUGUAAGUUUUGACAGUCGCUCAGAGGCGGAGGCUGCUAAGAUUGCCCUGAACGGAGUUCGCUUUGACCCUGAUAUUCCCCAGACUUUACGACUGGAGUUUGCCAAAGCCAAUACCAAGAUGGCCAAGAACAAACUAGUGGGAAUCCCAAACCCUCCUCCAUCCAGACAAAGUCCUGGACUGCCCUGUGUCAGCCGAGACCCAUAUGAGUUCACUGUUCCUGCGCUGUAUCCCAGCAGUCCUGAUGUGUGGGCAUCAUACCCGCUGUACCCCGCUGAACUGCCACCUGCUGCGUAUGCCUACAGUUCAUCACUGCACGCUCAGAUUCGCUGGCUGCCCUCUGCCGAUGCAACCAAUCAGGGCUGGAAGAGCCGACAGUUCUGUUGACGUAUAUAUCUUGAAAACCGUUUCAUGUUUGUCAGUCUGCAGGUGUGACGCGACACAGAUGAGUUCCUGAUCUUUUUCUGUCUUACUCUUCAUCAUCUCUCUUCUGCCAGAUACAGCUACAUCAGUCUGAAACUAGAACUGCUGCUGUGAACCAGGACAAUCAUGACCUCCACAAGAACAAACCUCGUCUCGCUCUCAUCUCGUCCUCUUCUCGUCCUUGUCUCAUUCUCAUCUCGUACUCUUCUCAUCUCGUCCUCAUCUCGUCCUCUUCUCGUCCUCGUCUCGCUCUCAUCUCGUCCUCUUCUCGUCCUUGUCUCAUUCUCAUCUCGUCCUCAUCUCGUCCUCUUCUCGUCCUCGUCUCACUCUCAUCUCGUCCUCUUCUCGUCCUCGUCUCUCAUCUCGUCCUCAUCUCAUCCUCUUCUCGUCCUCGUCUCACUCUCAUCUCAUCCUCUUCUCGUCCUCUUCUCGUCCUCGUCUCACUCUCAUCUCGUCCUCUUCUCGUCCUCGUCUCACUCUCAUCUCGUCCUCUUGUCUUUUCAUCUCGUCCUCAUCUCGUCCUCGUCUCACUCUCAUCUCGUCCUCGUCCCAUUUUCAUCUCGUCCUCAUCUCGUCCUCUUCUCGUCCUCGUCUCACUCUCAUCUCGUCCUCUUGUCUUUUCAUCUCGUCCUCAUCUCGUCCUCGUCUCACUCUCAUCUCGUCCUCUUGUCUUUUCAUCUCAUUCUCAUCUCGUCCUCUUCUCGUCCUCGUCUCACUCUCAUCUCGUCCUCUUCUCGUCCUCGUCUCUCAUCUCGUCCUCUUCUCGUCCUCUUCUCGUCCUCGUCUCACUCUCAUCUCGUCCUCUUCUCGUCCUCGUCUCACUCUCAUCUCGUCCUCUUCUCGUCCUCGUCUCACUCUCAUCUCGUCCUCUUGUCUUUUCAUCUCGUCCUCAUCUCGUCCUCGUCUCACUCUCAUCUCGUCCUCGUCUCAUUUUCAUCUCGUCCUCAUCUCGUCCUCUUCUCGUCCUCGUCUCACUCUCAUCUCGUCCUCUUGUCUUUUCAUCUCGUCCUCAUCUCGUCCUCGUCUCACUCUCAUCUCGUCCUCUUGUCUUUUCAUCUCAUUCUCAUCUCGUUCUCAUCUUCUCCUCCUAUUGCUUGUGAAAUUUAUGAUUCAUGAUUUAUAAUGUUGUUCUUAUUGGUUUAAUCAAUAAUCACUGUAAGUUAUGAUAGGUUGAUGCAUGACUUGCCAAAAAGUCAUUUCGAUAUUUAGACAUUUUUAGGUAUUAUAUUGAAUAUUCUUUUUAUUCCUAAGGAGCAAAUUAAGUAUUUUUAUAAUGAAUUAAGUGAAAUGUUUUUCAGUGCCAUUUUAAUGUAAUUGCUAUGUGUUGUUUCUUAUAUGUACAAGAAUGUUUUUAAUGGCUAUGAAUGUCUUAUUGAACUUUCAUUAGUGCUUAAAUCAUUAAAUAAUAAUAAUUAAAAAAAAACAGAUUAUGUGAGAAGUAUUUGAAAACAGUCUAAGAGACUUAUUUAAUGUCUAAAUAUAGUUGGAGAAACAUCGUCAAGCUCAAAUGUUCUAAUAAUAGAAACACUUUGUAUGUCCUUGAAGUAGACAAUCAAAAACAUUUACUGACACAGUUUUUCUGCAGGACAACAGGAAGAGCAGGCUGUUUGACAGGUGUGUGUGUGUGUGUGUGUGUGUGUGUGUGUGCGCGUGUGUGUGUGUGUGUGUGUGUGUGUGUGUGUGUGUGUGUGUGUGUGUACCUACUUAACCAUAUUUUGGGGACAAUUUUGUAUCCAGAAGUGAUCAAAACCUGACAAAAUCUCCAAAAACCUCAAUUUAGGGACGUCCUCAUUUGUAAAACUGGUUUAAAAUAAAGUAAAUAAAGGCUUUUUAAAAAUGUAAAAAUGCAGAAAGUUUUCUGUGAUGGGUAGGUUUAGGGGUAGGGGGAGAGAAUAAAAACCGUAUAAAAACCAUUACGCCUAUGGAGAGUCCCCAUUUAGAUAGCUAAGUGUGUGUGUGUGUGUGUGUGUGUGUGUGUGAGUAUAUUUCUUAAUGUGAAUUAAAAUGCAUGGAACUGAUUUUAAAAGCUGGAAGGUGAACUUUACAGUAGAUACAAAUUCUCUGGUUCUUUAAUUUGGCAAGAUUGACUUGCCUAAACAUCGCAUCACACAUUUUAUGUUCCUUUGUGAUUAUAUUUGUUAUUCCUGUGAUUCUGCACUAAUAUGGACAGCUUAAUGUUCAAACCAUUAAAACCACUUGAAGGCCAGCGGGAAACUGCAGCUCGAUCCGUCAAACAUGAACCAAUGCUGCCAUCUGCUGGUUCAUCACGUUUCACUCACACACACACACACACACACACACACACACACACACACACACACACACACACACUUUCUCAUUUGUGUUUUCUACCUCCCUGAUGUGUUUGCUGUUAGGGUCUGCAGGGGUGUUUGUUGUUGUAGUGGAAUAAGAUCUUGUGUGAAACUGGAAGGUUAUAGUUUCAGUUUCACAAGGCAUGUGAUUUAUCACCGUCUAGCAAAAAAGCUGCUUUGGGUUUUCAUCUCAGUGAAAACUAGCCAGAACAUUAAUUCAGUUACAGAUUAUUAAGGGUGUUUUAGUUUGGUUGAAAGUAUAUGAUAUGCUGAUAUUUGUUGUUAUCUAAUGUACUUUAACUAAUGCUGGUCUUUAUCUGAAUCAAAGUAACUAAAGCAAAUUAAAUGUCAAUAAAAUGUUCUUAAAAAUGAAAAU